GCUUUCUUUUAGUUUAAUUUGCCGUUGCAUCCGAACGUGGUUGGACGUAGUGGCGUGUAGUUCAGGCGCUGACUGAAACUGUUCGGGCUCCACGUUCAAAGCGCACCGUGCUUACAGUUUGACGCGGCCUGUAAUGGCAAAGGGUUGUGGCCGUUGUUGUUGGUUAUUGUCGGUCAGUCUUCACACUAAAAGGAUUAUCAACGGCGAUUGCGAAUGUCGCCGCGGUUCGCAGUGCAGUUGUUGUAGUGGCGUAAACAACGAAACUUUACCCUGAUUCGAGGGCAACGUCGACCCCGAUUGUGGUGCCGUGGAAGGUGGUGACUAGUGCGACCGAAGGUGCAAAGCAGCCGCUAAAAACGUCUUCCUCGGAUGUGUUUGGUGCACGAGAUGGCACAAAGUCAGCAGAGCUUUUUGAAACAAGAAGCGGGCCACUUGAGUCGGGAGGAUACGCUGCUGAAAAUGGCCGAUCAUCGUUCAAACUGGAGCCGCGUGUUGGCGGACAACAAGCUAAUACUGAUCACACUGAGCGGAGUUCUGCUGGGAGUUAUCAUAGGAUUUACGUUUCGCCCGUUGGGUCUUUCGAGUGACUCACUGAUGCUUAUCGCCUACCCGGGAGAACUGUUUAUGCGCGUACUGAAACUGAUGAUUCUUCCACUCGUCAUAGCGAGUCUAAUAAGCGGUUCUUCCAGCCUGAAUGCGAAACUAAACGGCAAAAUAGCACUGCGCACCUUUGUGUACUUUCUGACCACGUCACUGUUGAACGCCAUCCUUGGCACGACGCUGGCGCUUAUAAUACACCCAGGCAACCCGAACACCGACGACGCAGUGCAAACGGAUUCACUGCGAGAUACGCCGCUCACCAAGGCCAAAACGGUGAGCCUGAUGGACAGUGUUCUGGAUCUGGGACGGAAUAUUUUCCCAGACAAUAUCUUCCAAGCUGCCCUCCAACAAGCUCACACGGUAUACGUUCCCAAGGAAUCGCCAGGGCUAGCGGGCAAUGGCACUGAGCUGUCCCAGACAUCUGCUCCGAUUACGUCCAGCUCGGUCAAUCUCGUCGAAUGGUCGGAAUCGAACGUGGAGUGGACACGCAUCGUCGAGUACCGGUCGGGAACCAACUCGCUCGGGAUCGUUUUUUUCUGCCUAGUGUUUGGCACACUGCUGGGCACGAUCGGGCGCAAGGGUUACGUGGUGGUGCAGUUCUUCUCGGCCAUCUUCGACGUCAUCAUGAAGAUGGUGACGGGCGUGAUGUGGCUAACGCCGAUCGGCAUUAGCAGCGUUAUUGCGGGCAAAAUCUUGAGCGUCGACGAUAUCGGUUUCGUGAUGACGCAGCUGGCCUGGUUUAUCUUCACCAUAGCGCUCGGCGUGUUCCUGUACCAGUGGGUCAUCCUGCAAGCGAUCUACUUUGCGUUUGUGCGCAAGAACCCGUUCCGCUUCUAUCUGGGGCUGGUGCAGCCGAUCCUGACGGGUUUCGCAACGGCGUCCACGGCCGCCGCCUUGCCACUGACGUUUCGCUGCAUGAACGAGCGGCUGAAGAUUGAUUCGCGCAUCACGCGCUUCGUGCUGCCGAUCGGCUGCAACAUCAAUAUGGACGGGACGGCGCUGUUCAUCGCGGUGGCCUCCAUCUUUAUCGCGCAGAUGAGCAACAUGACGCUGAACCUGGGACAGGUGGUGACUGUCGUGCUGACCUCUACCGCCGCCUCUAUGAGCUCGGCCAGUAUUCCUUCCGCAGCGCUCGUGCUCCUGCUGAUCGCCCUAUCCGCGAUCGAUGCUCCGAUCAACAAUGCUACGCUGUUGUUUGCCAUCGAUUGGUUUGUCGAUCGCAUCCGGACGACCAACAAUUUGCUGGGCGAUUGUUAUGCCGCCGCAGUGGUAGAGCAUCUGUCCCGGAACGAGCUGAAAAUUUCCGACAUCGACGCGUACUACAAGGACGACGACAUUACGUCGGACGACCAGUGCGAGCAGGAUGUGAACGGCAAGCGGAAACUGUCCUUCCCCAACUCUGUGAUUUUAAACGUAGAAGUAUCGACACCCGUUUCCAACACUUAGAGAUUUUAUACAGUUACCGUUUUAAUCUUUAACCCACACGAUUGCGUGAGGUACACGAGCGGACAACGCUUUCAGGAAAUAAACGCAAACCGAGUUCCAUUGGAAGCACACUGUCAUCCACCAGUCGGGGCAGUCAGUCAGUCA